GCAUGCACAAUACGCCCAUGUCAUGCAUGUGUGCAUUUUGUAUUGAACCAAACAGCUGGCAGGAUCGUUGAGAAGGUGUCGUUCUAAAACAGCUGUUUUUCCAUGGUCGUGCAACUGGAUAUAUGUAGGGAAAAUACGUCAAUAAACACCAUUUUGUCAAGAAGUCUCAAAGUGAAUUCGUAGUCAAAAUGUUGGAUCCGUCGUCGAGCGACGAAGACUCGGAAAAUGACUAUGAAGACGAGACAGAUUCGCUGUCGGCACCAAGUCAAAGUGGGACUCGAAUAUGUGCAUCCAGCAGCGACAGUUUGCAAGCAAACAACUCCGUGCAACCCAACACAGGGCACCGGCAGUCGGUGGUUCGCCCCGCCAGCCCUAGCCCGUCGCUUAUCAGCGAGAAAGAACGCAAGGAAGCAGAACGUCUUGAAAAGGAAGAAGAAGACCAUAAGAAAAGAUUGCAGCUGUACGUCUUCGUGAUGAGAUGCAUUGCUUAUCCUUUCAAUGCCAAGCAACCGACGGAUAUGAUGAGGAGGCAAACAAAAGUAACCAAACCCCAGCUGCAGACAAUCAAAGAGAGAUUCCAAGCAUUUAUAAACGGUGAAACUCAAAUCGUCGCAGACGAAGCAUUUUGCAAUGCCGUUCAGAGUUAUUACGAAGUUUUCUUGAAGAGCGAUCGAGUGUUGAAGAUGGUCUUGAGCGGGGGAUGCUCCUCCCAUGACUUUCGGGAGGUGUUCAAGAAUAACGUUGAGAAGCGGGUGCGGAGUUUGCCCGAGAUCGAUGGUUUGAGCAAAGAAACUGUUUUAAGUUCAUGGAUGGCGAAAUUUGAUGCUAUCUACAGAGGGGAAGAAGAUCCAAGGAAACAGCCGCAGAGAUUGUCGACGUCUGCUGCAUCUGAGCUCAUUCUUAGCAAGGAGCAGCUCUAUGAGAUGUUCCAAAAUAUCCUUGGGGUCAAGAAGUUUGAGCAUCAAUUACUAUUCAAUGCAUGUCAGCUUGAUAAUGCUGAUGAACAGGCUGCACAGAUCAGGAGGGAACUCGACGGGAGACUUCAGCUAGCUGAACAAAUAUCAAAGACCAAGAAAGGUCCCAAGUUCAUUGUGAAGGAGAUGGAGAGUAUGUACGUGGACGAGCUUCAUUCGGCUGUUAACUUACUCAUGGCAAACCUGGAGAGUUUACCCGUCUCCAAGGGCAACACAGAUUCCAAAUACUCCCUGCAGAAACUGAAAAGAGCUCAAAAUACAGCAGUUUCUAUGAUGGAAGUAACAGAGGAUUCAGAGCCAACCUUGUCCAAAUCAGACGUCGUUCUCUCAUUUACAUUGGAGGUAGUGGUGAUGGAAGUGCAAGGCUUGAAAUUCCUAGCACCGAACAGGAUCGUAUACUGCACCAUGGAAGUAGAAGGAGGUGAGAAACUACAGACGGACCAGGCAGAAGCAAGUAAACCAACUUGGGAUACGCAAGGGGACUUCACGACCAUCCACCCACUACCUGUAGUCAAAAUCAAGCUGUACACAGAGAACACAGGAGUACUGAGUAUAGAUGACACCAUGCUAGGAAAGGUAAUCAUCAAGCCGACGCCCAACAGUCCAAAGACCCCUGAGUGGCAUACCAUGUCGCCAGCAAAACAAGUGCCUAACCCAAUCAAGAUCAGACUAGCCAUCCGCAUGGACAAACCUCAAAACAUGAAACAUUGCGGGUGGAUGUAUUGUCUUGGAAAGACAGUUUGGAAGAAGUGGAAGAAGAGAUUUUUUGUCCUUGUUCAAGUGAGUCAGUACACGUUCGCGAUGUGCAGCUACCGAGAGAAGAAGGCCGACCCUCACGAAAUGAUGCAACUCGACGGCUUCACGGUCGACUACACUGACGCCCUCACAGAACUUGAAUGCCAAGGUGGACGCUUCUUCUUCAGUGCUGUCAAAGAGGGUGACAGCAUCGUCUUCGCCUGCGAUGAAGAGGUUGACAGGCAAUUCUGGGUGCAGGCCAUCUACAGGGCUACCGGCCAGUCGCACAAGCCUGUACCCCCUACUCAGCUAGCUGGUGGAAAGGGCUCCAACGCUAUCAUAUCCAGGCAACAAGGAGAUGCUGACCGAGCCAGGAAACAUGGUAUGGAUGAGUUCAUACACAGCGACCCAUGCAAGUUUGAACAUUCCUCUCUCUUUGAGACACUCCAGGAACUUACACUAGAUCACAGGCUAAACGAUUCCUAUUCGUGUCUGGGAUGGUUUAGUCCUGGUCAGAUCUUUGUUCUGGACGAGUACUGUGCAAGGUACGGGGUCCGGGGGUGCCACAGGCAUCUGUGCUACCUGAACAACCUCUUAGAUAGGGCGGAGAAAAACACCAAGAUUGAUCCCACUCUCAUCCAUUACAGCUUUGCUUUCUGUGCUUCCCAUGUCCAUGGGAACAGACCUGAUGGAAUAGGCACAGUGACCAUCGAGGAGAGGGAUAAGUUUGAAGAGAUCAAGGAAAGGCUUCGGAUUCUCCUCGAACAUCAGAUUACAGAAUUCAGAUACUGUUUUCCAUUUGGAAGGCCUGAAGGAGCACUAAAAGCCACUCUAUCUCUUCUGGAGAGAGUGUUGAUGAAGGACAUAGUGACGCCUGUACCACAGGAGGAGGUGCGUGCCACAAUCAAGAACUGCUUGGAGGCGGCUGCUCUCGUCAAUUAUGAGAGAGUGUCAGCAAACACCAAGAUUGAAGCUGAUGGUCAGGAGAGACCGGUCAAAGAAAUACUGAGCAAUGAGGAUCUCUCACCAGAAAGAAGACUGGAAGAAGUUAUCCAUCUUGCUGAGCUUUCUAUCGAUGUACUACAGCAGAAUGAAGAACAUCAUGCGGAGCGUGACAAACCCAAAGAAUCAAAGGCUUUUGCAUGGUUUAGUGACCUGCUGGUAGAACAUGCCGAGAUCUUCUGGUCACUGUUCGGUGUGGACAUGGACGCUGCCCUCGAUGUCCAACCUCCAGAUACGUGGGACAGCUUUCCUCUCUUCCAGCUCCUCAACGAUUUCUUGAGAUCAGAAAGUACCUUGAAUGGAGGAAGGUUCCAUCUAAAACUUCAAGACACGUUUGCUCCUCAGGUGAUCCGCUACGUAGACUUGAUGGAGUCCUCCAUAGCUCAGUCUAUCCACAGAGGCUUUGAGAAGGAGAAAUGGGAGCCAAAAGGGAAUGGUACGGAAACAUCCGAGGAUCUGUUCUGGAAGUUGGAUGCCUUACAGACGUUUGUCAGGGAUCUCCACUGGCCCCAGCAGGAGUUUGCUCUUCACCUAGACCACAGGCUCAAACUGAUGGCAGCUGAUAUGAUUGAGUCGUGUGUCGGCAGAACUAUGCAAGGUUUUGAGGUAUGGAUCAAGAAAGGAAGACAAAACAGUGAUUAUCGCCUGAGCACGGAGCUUUGUGUCAUGAUGAACGUACUGACGGACGCUAAGGAUAAAUCCAUGAAACUAUGUCCUCCAACCAAGGAUGAGGAGGCACAUCAGUACCACACCAGAAUCGAUGAGGAGAUCAACCGGACUUCAUACCAGGUCAUUCAACUGACAGUACUGAAGCUUCGAGCCCUUGAGAGUGUGCUUGCCAAGCUGGCCCGUUACGACGAGGGCACUUUCUUUGCUUCUAUUCUCUCGUUCACGUCUCUCCCACAGUUCUCAUGGCCGAGUUCUAAUAAGCGUCCAAGACGUCGUAAUCCUGGCAUGGAGUUGGCUGAUGAUUACGUGGAGUUUAUCCGUGAUAAUCUGGAUGAGAUCAGAGAGAGAGUCCAUGAUGAUGAGUUCCUCCAGAACUUGUUUGAGGAAUGGUAUACUUCCAAUAUGAAUCUGCUUUGUGACUGGAUGUCGGAUAGAAUGGAACUGCAGCUGCACAUAUACCAACUCAAUACAUUGCUCAGGAUUACUGGGAAGAUGUACAAGGACUUUGAGCUCCACGGCGUCCCCUGCAAGGUCCUCAACAGCAAGACCUACGACAACGUGAAGCAUCGGCUGCAAGUGGAGGAGGCGACGGCAUCGGUCACCAACCAGCUGGUGAUCCACAAUGGAUCCAUGAGCCAAGAUGACGAGGAUGACGACGACAACUAGACAAGAGCUGAUCCUUAACACUGAUGUCACUAGAAAAAUAGAAUCGUUCUCCCCUUGUUCCUGGUCUCACUUACCCCCUUUAUGUCCUCUUCCUCUUUGACCUGUCAGUUUGUAUAGCUACUUUGUCUAAUACUGGGUAUUCUGAUUCUAUUUGUUAUAAUUCCAUUUGGUCUAAUUCCUGUUGGUCUAACUCCAGUUGGUGUAGUUCCAGUUGGUCUAAUACCAGUUUGUCUAAUUCCAUUUGGUCCUAUUUCUGGUAUAGCCCUAUACCACUUGGGCUAAUUCAAGUAAGUCUAAUUCCAGUUGGUCAUAUCCCAGGUAUAGUCAAAUAUCAAUUAGACCCAUUCCAGUUUAGCUAAUUCCAGUUCAUCUAUUUCCAGUUGGUCUAAUUUAGUUGGGCUAAUUUCAGUUGGUCUAGUUCCAAUUUGUCUUAUCCCAGGUAUAGUCUCAUACCACUUAGUCUUAUGCCGGUUGGUCUGAUUCUAAUUAGUCUAAUUCCAGUUGGUCUG